UUCCUGGGUGCUUCCUGUCAGGACCCACCAGGCGGAGGUUGGCUUUUCUUGGCUCUUCUCCGUGUGCUUGGAGGAUCCGUCGGCGGCCAUAUGUCCUUUACCGUCAUUCAUUCGGUCGGAGUCGCUCGGUGACGCUCGUGUUCGGAUCCAGGUGCAGGUUCCGGUGGAAAAGUCGGGAGUCCGUCGUGCUUCGUCGUGUUCGGGACGUUUGUCGGUGUGAGGCUCCGGUUCUGUCCGUGCGUCCUGGGUGGAGACGAUGAUCGAGCGUCCAGACACCGUGGUUCCGAGCAUCGCUCAGCGGAACCUGGAGGGCUAUGUGGGCUUCGCCAACCUCCCCAACCAGGUGUACAGGAAGUCGGUGAAACGAGGUUUCGAGUUCACAUUAAUGGUCGUAGGUGAAUCUGGUCUGGGUAAAUCCACCCUCAUUAACUCUCUGUUCCUGACUGAUCUGUACUCCAAGGACUACCCCGGACCUUCCCAACGCAUCAAGAAGACUGUACAGGUGGAACAGUCCAAAGUGCUGGUCAAAGAGGGCGGAGUCCAGCUGACCCUCACCAUCGUGGACACCCCAGGCUUCGGAGACGCCGUGGACAACAGUAACUGCUGGCAGCCCGUCAUAAACUACAUCGACAGUAAAUGUGAGGACUUCCUGAACGCGGAGUCGAGGGUGAACCGCCGGUCGAUGCCCGACAACAGAGUCCACUGCUGUUUAUAUUUCAUCGCUCCGUCUGGACACGGACUCAAACCUCUGGACAUCGAGUUCAUGAAGCGACUCCACGACAAAGUCAACGUCAUCCCUCUGAUCGCCAAAGCCGACACUCUGACCCCCGAGGAGUGUCAGCUCUUCAAGAAACAGAUAAUGAAAGAGAUUCAGGAACACAAAAUUAAAAUAUAUGAAUUUCCUGACACAGAGGAUGACGAGGACAACAAACUGAUCCGAAAAAUCAAGGAGAAGAUGCCGCUGGCUGUGGUCGGCAGUAACGUGGUCAUUGAAGUCAACGGGAAGAAGGUUAGAGGUCGCCAGUACCCGUGGGGCGUGGCCGAAGAGGGCAUUUUUGAGCUCCCUCUUCUAGAAGAGACAGGAGGUCAGUGGCUGGCCUGGACGGCCAAAGGGAGGAACUGCUUAAGUUUCAUCAAUGUGGAAAACGGCGAACACUGCGACUUCACCGUUCUCCGUAACAUGCUCAUCAGGACCCACAUGCAGGAUCUGAAGGACGUUACCAACAACGUCCACUAUGAAAACUAUCGCAGUAAGAAACUGGCGGCGGUCACCUGUAACGGAGUGGACGCAUCCAAGACCAAGGGUCAGCUGACAAAGAGUCCUCUGGCCCAGAUGGAGGAGGAACGAAGGGACCACGUGAUGAAGAUGAAGAAGAUGGAGGCGGAGAUGGAGCAGGUGUUUGAAAUGAAGGUGAAGGAGAAGAAGCAGAAACUGAAGGAUUCGGAGGCUGAGCUGGAACGACGCCACGAGCAGAUGAAGAGGAACCUGGAGGCUCAGUACAAAGAACUGGAGGAGAAGAGGAGGGUGUUCGAGGAGGAGAAGGUCAACUGGGAGGCGCAGCAGAGGAUCCUGGAGCAGCAGAAACUGGACGCCUCCAAGACGAUGGAAAAGAACAAGAAGAAAGGGAAGAUCUUUUAGAGCCUCACCUGCUCUAUCAGUUUUACACCACGUCAUUAUGCCCUGAGCCCUCAUUGACCCCUGACCUCUGCCCCUGAACUGUGGCCCUUCAACACAUAAAUACUGAAGACAGAUGUAAACCAUUCCAUUCCUCGGGUUUAUUCUGAAAAACCUGGACGCCGUCAACAAACACAACCACACAAAACUACACACUCCGCCUCCCUCACCACCGUCUCUGCAGGGCGUCGAUGUUGACCUUUGACCUUGGGAAUGCAUGUGUUUGUUAUAAUUCUAUUUUCCUAUAUUUGCUCUUGAACCCAGGGACCGUUCAGACCCGUGUUCAUACUCGUAUGUUCCAUUUUUCUGCAGGUCGAUGCUGUUGUUGCGUAAACACUUUAACGCUUAAACGAAGGAAGACGCGCGUACGUUCGACUAAAGAUGGGGAUGAAAGGAAACGGAAAGAGCUGA